AUGCUUGUUCAAGUUAAUCCGCCCAACUCGCCUACAGGCGCAGAUAGCCUUAAAUUUUUUGAUGAGGGCACAUCGCCAGAAAUUUCCAAUCUGCAAGGUGAUACAGAGCCCGGGUCGAUGGAUACUCCUAAGAUACAAGCAGAUCAUCCUCCAGCUUAUAACUGUCACCAGACCGUCGAAUACCCAGAAGGCGAAACGAUAGGGGACAAGGACCCACUGCCAGUGACAGUAACAAGAAUGCUAAGUUGGCGGAUAAAUAUGCUCUUUUGGUACCAGGGCAGAAUGGCCAGAUAUGACAAUAAGAUACAAGAAACCAGGAACGACCAAUUGGAGGUCGAUGAUCUAAUUUUAUGGGGAAAUGGCCAAUUAAACCAUUUAGCAGCAGGCGAGGAACCACCGUAUCAGCGUCACAACCUAGAGGCUGCCGAGUUCCUUAAAGCACAACUGAUCGAACGAAGGGCCACGUUGAUGCGGAAAGUAGAGCGUGCAGAAUUGGAGCUUGAGCGCUUUAGUAAAAUGCCUCGAAAGCCGACUAUGAGCGAAGCAAUCAAAGAUGAAGUCGAGGAGGCCAGAUCAGACGCACGAGACUAUUACGAUCAAAUUGAAACACAAAUGCUAGGUAUACGCCUAAAGCUCGACAUUGUCGAUAACGUUUAUAACCAUAGCAGCCGCGAAUACUCCAAAAACCUUUCCGGAACACCUGUGAGCACUUCCAAGCUUAUAUCGCAUAUGGAUAUGCUCAACUUUGUGCAACACCUAUCACGAACGUUAUCUGACGCAGAAGAUAACUUCGAGACUGCCAAAUCAUAUAUAGAAGUUAUAGGUGAUGACAGUUUCAGCUUCUGUCAGGACUACAACAAUUGUGUAGAUGAUAGAUAUGAGACAUGCAUGAUGAACGACACGGUCAGGGAGACAGUUCGGCGCUGGACUAAGGACUGGAUGACUGAGAUGGAGGAGCUGCACAAUACGCAGAAUCUCGGUGUCGAUCAGGAGUCUUGGGACUGCGAGACGGCCCUGCGUUACUGGCGGUCUAUGUGUGAACAGCUACAGAGUUCAAAUGUCCGAGACAAGUGGAAUUACUGGGCUUGA